UCAUAGUAUAUAUUAUUAUGUGAUUAAGAUUUUGUUUUGUAGUGAGUACCUAUUUAAUUAAUAUCUAUUGAUAAAUCUGACCAAAUACGUAAUUUUUAAAUGCAAAUGUUAAAACAGGGCAGAUUGUACGUUGAAAAGUAAUUAUACGGUAAAAAUAUAUAAAUAAAGUUAUUCGAAUGUAAACUUUAGUUUUAAGUUUACUGUCAUUGCUAAUGUUAAAUUUAACCUGUCGGAUGUCUGUGUGAACUAGCUAAUAUAGUGGAAAAUUAAUUUCGUGUUUAUUGUGUAAGAAUUAUUAGUGAUUCAAAAGUGAACAUGGCAAAGGAAGAGGAUGACGACAAUUUGCCGGACAAAGACGCGGCAAAGGAGUUCUACGCUAAAUACGAACCCAAGGAAAUAAUAGGACGAGGCAUCAGUUCAACAGUAAGACGAUGCAUAGAAAAAGAGACAGGUCGCGAAUAUGCAGCCAAGAUCAUAGACCUCAGUCAGGAGUCUCAGGAUGGAGUGGACACACACACCAUGAGAGAUGCAACUCGGCAAGAGAUCAACAUUCUGAGGAUGGUUGCGGGGCAUCCCUAUAUUAUUGAGCUGCAAGACGUGUUCGAAUCGGAGACAUUCAUCUUCUUGGUGUUCGAGCUGUGCAAGAACGGAGAGCUGUUCGACUACCUCACGUCCGUCGUCACUCUCUCGGAGAAGAAGACGCGGUACAUCAUGCGACAAGUGCUGGAGGGCGUGCGGUACGUGCACAGCAAGAGCAUCGUGCACCGCGACCUGAAGCCCGAGAACAUCCUGCUGGACGACCAGCUCAACGUCAAGAUCACCGACUUCGGCUUCGCCAAGGUGCUCACCGACGGGGAGAAACUCUUUGAGCUGUGCGGCACGCCGGGCUACCUGGCGCCGGAGACGCUGAAGGCCAACAUGUUCGAGGACGCGCCCGGAUACGGCCGCCAGGUCGACGUUUGGGCAUGCGGUGUCAUCAUGUUCACUUUGCUGGUGGGGUGCCCGCCGUUCUGGCACCGCAAGCAGAUGGUGAUGCUGCGGAACAUCAUGGAGGGCCGCUACUCCUUCACCAGCCCUGAGUGGGCUGACAUAUCGGAGGAUCCCAAAGAUCUCAUUCGCAAGUUCCUAGUGGUGGACCCCGAGGAGAGGAUCGACAUCGAGGAUGCGCUGGCUCACCCGUUCUUCAACGCGAAGCUGUGGGACCAGGACGUGACGCCGCUCAAGAAGAGCUACUCCAGCGCCAGCCGCCGGAUGUCGCGCAUCGACCAGAUCGCUAUGGCUAUAAAGUCGGGCGGGUUCAACCCGCGCGCGCGGCUGCGUGUGGCGCUGUGCGCGGUGCGCGCGGCCGUGCGGCUGCGGCGCCUGCCGCACGCCGCCGCGCGCGCGCUGCCGCUGCACGACGCGCUCGACGACCCCUACACGCUGCGGGUGCUGCGCAAGGUCAUAGACGGUUGCGCGUUCCGCGUGUACGGGCACUGGGUGAAGAAGGGCGAGGGCCAGAACCGCGCGGCGCUGUUCGAGAACACGCCCAAGACGGAGCUCAAGAGCCUCUACGUGAGCAACCUUAGCCGGUAGACCUCCGCCGCUCGCUGCGCGCCUGGUGCUCAGAGGAGUCGACGUACCAGGGCGGCAGAGGCGUGCAAGACGUGACCGCGACGUAGGUUAGUUGGCACUCGCGCCGCCGCCUCGUAGACUAGCCGUAGUUAGUACAAAUGUAACGUAGGCAAUGCAGGCAAUAAGUCCCUUGUGAUCUAUUACAUUAGUUAGAUUCUCGUAUGCGUAGUAUUAUUCAGUUGUGAUAACUGGUACGUUGUCGUUGUGUUUCGGCACGUGUAAAGUUACGUUUCUGCUAUCAACCACUCGUUCGAAUUAUAUUAGCGUAUAAGUUAUGUAUUAUAUAAUGUACAUUGUAUUUAUGGAUGUUUAAAUUUGUAUUUGUUUUAAUGCAAAGGAAUGUUAUUCAAUACACUAUUGUAAGGACA